AUGUCGCAACAACUUCUACUUGUCACUAAAGUUGCAAGUGUGGAUAGUUAUGUUCGGAAGACUUUGCAAAACCGGGAUGAGUUUGAGGACGAUCCUUUCACGGUUGUUAAUUUGUCAGACAUUCAAGAGAGAUUUGAAGAGUGGAAGAAGGAGUUCCCCGAGGUUGAGCCUUUCUUCGCAGUAAAGGCACAACACAAUGCCAACACUUUGAAACUCUUAGCAGAUAAUGGUUGUGGUUUUGAUGUUGCAUCUCUAGGUGAGUUGGAGAGUGUUGUAGAAGCAGGGGUUCCGGCGGAGAGAAUCCUCUAUGCACAACCCUACAAACAGCUUUCUCAUCUUCUCUACGCCAUGGAACGGGACAUUAUAUCAGUUUGUGACUCAGUCGACGAGAUUGAAAAGAUUGGUGAAUUAUCCGCACGAAUGAACCUCAAUCCGAGAAUCCUGAUAAGGAUUUUGCCAGAUGAUAAAGAGAGUGACUCUCAAGCCAGUCUCUCCACCAAGUUUGGAGCUCCCCUCCGUAUACUGGACGACCUCAUGAAAGCAGCUACAAACCACAAAGUAACUGUAGUGGGGAUAAGUUUCCAUGUUGGAAGCCACUGUCACUCUGCUGAACCGUACCUCAAUACUCUCCGUCUCUCCAGAGUGUGGUGGGAUAGGGUGGUGGGAGAGCACGGGGCACAGCUUCAGGUGCUGGAUAUAGGUGGGGGAUACCCGGGGGAGGGUGGCCCUGACUUUAAGAUAAUGACUGGACAGAUCAACAGUGGGAUAGAGGAGCACUAUGGUGAUAUCAGGAGAGAUAUCCGGAUCAUAGCUGAACCUGGCCGGUACAUGGUUACGAGUUCGUUGAGUGUUGUAACGAAUGUGAUAGCAGAGAAGGGUAACACAUGUGGAGUCUUGGGCAGAGGAGAAGACGAGCUGGAUAGUGCAGUUCAGAUUAACGGAGCAGAAGAUGUUACACCCGAGAGCGAUCAGGAGAAGGAACCUGCUAGGAUGGUGUUCUGGGGGCCGACUUGUGAUAGCUCUGAUAGACUUAUUGAUGGGUAUCAUGUGCCCGGUAUUAAAAGAGGUGAUUGGAUAGUGUUUCCGGACUUGGGUGCAUACUGCAGCAAUAUAAUGACUACCUUCAACGGAUUUGCUCACCCUAAGAUGCACUUUGUGCACACAGAUAUGCAUGGAGAAAAGAUUGAACAAUUCUUUCAUCGUUAA